AUGUCCAUCACAGUCGAGAACCACCCCUUCUCCAAGCUCGCGCGGCAGAUCGAGCAGUACCUCUGGGCGUCCGUCGUGCUCUCAAGCGCCAGCGCAACGGUGUCGCUCAUCAACAUGGGCCGGCUAUCAUGCUUCGUCGGGCCCAUCACGUUCCUCUUCACCCUCGCACACAACUUCACCCUCCUCGCGCUCGCCGCGCGCGAUCGGCGUCGCCCGCCCUCGGCGCUGCAUGGGACGAUGGCGCCUACGGCUAGUAGAGCGGCGAUUGUGCUCUGCUGGCUCCUCGUGGCGCUGUGGAGUGUGGUUGUGUUGAUGAUUAUUAUUAUGGGUGCGCUGAUUAUGGGUAUGGGGCAGUUUGAGGGGUGGGAGAGGUUGGCGGGGUAUGUUGAGCUGCCGAUGGUGGUGGCGGAGGUGUUUUUGUUGGUUGUGAUCGCGGUGAAGUGUAAGACGCAGCGGAAGAGGUCGAUUAUUCAGCCGGAGCAUGUGGAUUGGAGGCAUGUUGGACAGCAGCAGGUGUAG